AUGAGAUUCAUGCCAAGUGCCACACAUGAUGAGGCAUCUGGUUUUUGGGUCCAGAAUGUCACUCUUGCUCUUGCUGCCCUGGUUCCUCAUCAGUCAACACUUCUAGGGUGCAAGUUCAUUGGGACAAGAACCUAUCAGCUGAGGGAGAGAAAGAAGCAAGCAGAUGCUGCUUUCCGACCAACCAACGGCAACUCACAGAACCCCAGUGUUGUCCUUGAAGUAGGCUGUUCAGAGAGCUUGCAACAAUUGAAGACUGAUGCCAGGCUGUGGAUUGAACACAUGCCAGAGGUUCAAAUUGUUAUAAUCAUAUCAAUUGACCCCGGGCCUGUGCCUGCUCACCCUAAUCUUCCAAGAAUUACCAUUGAACUGUGGCGUGGUGUUGCUCCUCCCAGACCUAUAUGUGGUGAACAUGCUCGGAGAAGGAAUGGCCAGAUGGUUUGGCAAGCUGAUUGGACCCAUCAGGCAGGUCCAUUCUAUAUCCUCCUUGCGGACAUGUUUGGCAGAGGGCAGGUGCCUGAUGAAUAUGGUGAGGAGGAAGAUUGCAUCGUUCUAGAUUCAGAAGCCUGGCGGGAGGAGAUCAUCGAGGCUUAUCAGUGA